GGCAGUGUGAGUACCACUGAAAAUCAGCGCACGUGUCGCCUUUGGCACGCGUGCCAUAGGUUGCCUACCCCUGCAGCACAGUAUAGGAAUACAGGUCCACAACACCGACAAGGCCCUUGUAGUGUGGAGGCAGCUAUACUGGCAGAGCUGUGUUUUGUUACAGUAAACCCACCACCGCCGGCGAGGGAAACAGGCUGUAGUGGGAAGGGCAUGGUUUUGUUGGCAGAGCCGUGUCUACGCUAGGGACUUCUGCUGGCCCAACUCUGUCAGUCAGGGAUCACUCCUCUUCCCACCUGCAUGGCCUGGCCUCAGGUACUUACAUGGUGCCCAUCACUGUAGUAUCUGAGCAUCUCAUAAUAUUUAAUGUGUUCAUCCCCACAACACCCCUAUGAGGUGGGGAAGGGCUGUUUUCCCCAUUGUACAGAUGGGGGAAUUGAGGCACAGAGCGGCUAAGGGACUUGCCCAAGGUCACAUAAGGAGUCUGUGGCAGCACCAGGACCAGAACUCAUGUCUCCCAAGUCCUAGGACGCGGCGAAGGUCAUUCGCAAUGCUCACCUGACCGGGCUGAGGCCCAUUGUGACCAUAACGUUUGAAGCGCCCGUCAACACAGAGUAUCAGAAACCCGAGCAGCUGCAGAUUGAGAUGAAAGGCGCCCCUUACCGGCUCAAGGGGCCUUGUGCCAGCGAAGAGGUUUGCCGGAUGUGCUGGUACACCCCCAUGCCAAUGACGAAGAGGAGCGUGGUGAUGGAGGUCCUGGUGGAGAGCAAUGGCCUGGGCCUUGAGGUGGACAGCAAGAGAUUUUUUAUGAAUAUUAACGGCUACGUGAAGGAAACUGAGACCGGUUUACAGACUUCCCUGGGAGAGAAGGUUACAUCACUGGUGGAGACGAUGUCAUUUUACAGCUCGUCCCGUCCCAUUUGGUCCACCUUCAAUCAAGCCCCCGUGUUGAUCCUCGCGGGAUUCCAGGCUUACAAAAUCAUCCUGGUUUCAGACUCGGAGUUUGCGGAUUUCACUGCAGUGGAGGUGGGGAUCGACAGCUGCUGGAUCGGGUCCCGGAACUGCGCCGCGAACGUAUUCUCCUCCUCUGUUGUCGAUGCCAUUGCUACAGAAAGCGUGCUCUUCCUUCGCCAGAACCAGCUGGUCUAUUACUUCACUGGGAACUAUUCGGUCCUUUCUCCUCGUGCGCCGGGAUCCAGCCUCUGGACCCGUGUGCUGAACAACAUCUGCGUGUCACAGUUAAACCCUGUGCACUUCCCCCACAACGGCUCCGAGUAUGUGAUUGCUCUCGGAGGGGGCCUGCAAGAAGGGAAAUUCUUCCUUGGCACUAUUCGCGAUGGAGUCGUUCAGUUUCGCGAAUCACACGGCAGGGGGAGGAAGACAGUGUGCGAACAUUUGAAGAUUUCUUGCACGAUCCUCUGGACUGUCUACAUCACGGAAGAGGAGAAGAUUGUGCUGCUGGUGAAAGGGAAGAAAAAGAACAGCGAGCCCGAUUACUACCUCGUGGCCUACGAUCAAGUCGGUGCAGCUUUCAGGAUGUUGUACUCCAUACCUCGCUUCAUACCCAAAGACACUGACAAAGGGUUUGUGAUGUUGCUGGGACUGGAAGAAUACACGGAUUCCCCGCUGAUCCCAAGGGGGCUGUCCUAUAACCCAUUCAGCACAAUCUUCUACAUCUGGGGCAAUGUUAUUUUACAAAGCUAUGACCUGGUUAAUUACAUUCACCUCUCUGACUUCCCCCAACAAUCUCCCAUCAGCUACUUCGUUCUGUCGUAUGUAGGGGAAUUCGUGUGUGUGACAGACUCGGAGGAGAUCUGGUUUUCGGUGGAAGGCAGCUCGGUCGUCAUUCGGCUCUACCCCUCCGAGGCCUGGGACACGUACCUCGGGCUACAGCUAAUGAGAGGGUCAAAGGACUUUAGCUUAAACGAGACGUUCAUGAGCCUCUUUUUUAACAAGGAGGGGCUCCAGCAGGUGGUUUACAUACUGGAUGAACAGGGAGAAGGAAAACUGAUCAAGAGGAGCUUCCCUCUCCAUUAUAUAUUGUCGUACCGGCACCUCAUCGUCCAUCAGUACCAUCUGGUGUAUUUACAAGAUAUUGAGUACAUCAGGUUCUUCCAUCCCUGCUCCUUCUCGGUCAUGCGCCUCGAGGACCUCCCAGCCCCUCAGCGCUUCACCCGGAUGGAGCACUAUUCCACCGAGCCACCGGAUGUCAUGGACAAAACAGGCUUCCACAACAACGUGUCUCUGGCUGUAUACCAGGGACUGAUCUUCCACCUGCUCUGGCUGCACGCGGACUAUAGCAGGCCUUAUGCUGACCCGGUCCAUGACCCAACUUGGCGGUGGUGGAAAAACAGAAAGCAAUAUGCAGAGUAUUUCUUUUACGUAGCGAGCAACGGCAACUCCUCCGGAGGUGUCUACGUCAACAUGGAGAGCUACGUGAAGAUCUAUGACCUGCAGCCCAAUAACCAGCUGCCCAGCAAGAUUUACCUGGACAAGAAUAACAUCUAUUCUUUCUCAGUGUUCCUGAGCAUCAGGACGGCGGCAGAAAGCAUGGGGGAAAUGCCGGAAGAGAACUCCCUUGAUUUUGUGUGGCUCACCGUCGUCUUAGCGCAUCCGAAGUUUGUGGUUUCAGACCUCCACCGGCACUAUCUGAUCGGCCGGGGCUCCGUGCUGUAUACGGUGACCAUCAGUGACACCGGACGGUACCCGAAACAAGAGCUGAGUGGGACGAACCUUCUGAAGAGUUCAAUGGCUUUAAAGGUUAUAAAUGCGGCAACAAAUUGUUACCACUACACAGCGGCCGGCCCAAAACUCCAGGGCUAUGCCAUGGUGCCAAUCUUUAUUGGCUGCCCCCCGGGCAAGAGGCUGGCCUUUGACAUCACCAAGACCCUGAAGUACACCACCAAACAGAACAAGCGGUACUUCGACUGCAUCCACAAGAACCCAGAGAUGCCCUGUUUCUUCUUUAACGAUGUAUUGUAUCCCUUCUUCUUGAUCCAAGACAUGGUGACGGGGGACUCGGGACCUUUCCUGGGCAGCUACACGCUGAGGAUCAUUGGUGGAGGGCCGUACUCAGAGAGCCGGAUCCGCAUCUACAGCCCGAGCGAAAUCCUCGACUAUAACACGGCAAACGGCAGCACACCGCAGAGUCUGAUCUGGAUGAGGGCUAAUCGCACAAAACCUGCCCUUACCGAUCCCGAAGGCUUCAAUAUCUUCUCCGGAACCGACUGUGGGAUCAAGUGGGUCUGUGAGCAGAACUCCCCCUGUUACGAUGUGGUUCCCUUAGACCUGACAGCUCCGGAUUACUUCUUUUUGGUGGAGGUGUCUAACAGGGCCGUGGACAAAAGCACCUACUGCGACUACGACCUGGAGUUUGUGAUCCACAUUCACGGCCUGCGGCUCAGCCCCUCCCGGGCAAUCAUCUUCAUGAAGAUGUCCAUGGCCGUUCUCACCGGCAUUGUCGUCUUGUACAUCCUCCACCAAGUCCUGGGGCCCAUGAUCUGGGCCGGCUUCACCCGACUGAUCCAAAGAUUUGAAGAGGCCCUAGCUAUUCGGACAGAGUCCAGCAUCACCUUCACCUCUUACUCCAGCCAUAGCCAGGGGAACUCCCACCACACGCCCCCCUAGUAGACCUGCAUCAGCGGCAACGGCCACCUGCCCCGGAGCAGCACGGAAGAACUGGCCCCCCCAGCGUCCCAUCUUCCCUAUCGCGAGUCCCCGCCUGUAUCCAAACGUGCCUUUCCUCUCCGCGGUCCCCAGCAGCCCGAGAGCCCCUAACCCUUCCUCCCCUGCUCUCUGCGUCUGGCCAGGACCUUUGUCACCACUUGUCUGACCAUUCCAGGCUCGCUAGACCCAAGCCGUGGUGGGUGUGCUAUUGCUCAGAUCUGGCAUCGCUCUGCCGCUUUUCCUGGCUAAAGCAGAGGGGAUCGGGGCUUUCCACAGUAGCCCUUGAGCCAACGAUAGCCAAUCAGAACUAUAAAAACCUGAACCCACGGGGCGUUGGUCUAAACGCCACAGCUAGGCUCAGACCAGUGGAGAACGGCGGCCGGUAUUCCAUCAGCAGCUGGCCUUUCCCAGUUCAACUGGAACAGGAGCGCCAUUUGACCGCCCAUUUCGCUGCCCCCGGCCUUAGCCGUGAUGGUACCCAAGCUCCAGGCAUGAUUGUAAGGGCAGCGAGCGGCAGGUCCGCCGCGCCCGUCUGAGCAGGGUCCGGAGCUCCCGCGCGGUGAGCGGGACCUUUGGAUACAGGAAUUCCCAUGUCGAAAUCUCUCGCUUUGCUGAACGAAUGAAAAUCUUCCUGUCUCCUGGUUCCUUUUGUAUUUCCCAGCCUUCAGCAGCAAGGCACAGUUGUUUCUGCGUGUGUGUGCGGGAGCGUUUGCUUAGCUGGUCCCUGCACCAGGCUCCAUGGGACUCCCGUCUUAUUUCGGUUGUUCAGUAAACUCUCUCGUUGUCUAAGAGGUGAUCCCGAGUUGGGGAGU